UCGCCGUUCCUGGCUCAUGUCCCAACAUACAUAGCCGUACUUGUUGUUCGUGCGCUUUUGAUUUUGUAUACCGGUUUCUUUUGCUGGCUCUGGCGCAGUCCGAUCGUCGCGUUGUUGCCCGAGCAGCAAUUCGUUUGCGUUUACCCAUAUUUACUUACUGAUUUUUAGUGUUUUUCUUACUGUUGGCUUUGCUUUGAGCCUGCUUUUUUCUCAACUGUGUUUUUUUUUUGGUUUUGAUGAUCGCGUACUAAUAAACGCCGAAAUGUCAAGACGUCUGACAGUGCAACGCCAUUCGGUUUCGUGUGCGCGUGUUUUUCACUUGUAUUUAUUUUUCGCCAUUUUUCGGGCGUUGUUGCUUACUAUUCAUUAAUGCGUGUGAAGUGCUCGAACCUUCUGACUGUUUGUUUAGCGCAGCAGUACAAACAACAACAUGAAAUAUUGUAAUAAAUGAGAUAAAUUUAAACGACAGGCAUCGGUAAAUGCCGAACAUAAAGUGUGCGUGUUACAACUGUGUGACAACAACAGAAAGCAAAGUACAAAAAGCGAGUGAAAAUAUUGCGAAAAUUACUCUAGCAGCAAUUAAAUUGUGAAAUUUCAAAAAACGACAAUGAACGAAUGCAAACAGCCUAAAACAAAGACUCGUCAGAUAAUUUUAUUACCGUAAAAAAUGAAAAUUAAAUUGCUAAAAGACACGAUUAGCAGAUAAUUAAGAAAAGACAUUAAACAUUUGAAGUGUAAAACGUUGCAUAAUUUUCAAAUAAAAGCGAAUUACGCGCAAAAAAGGCGCACCAUCCUAGCAACUAGCAAAGAACGCACAAUUUCGCAUCAGCAGCCCACGCACCUCUCCUUCGCCCACAAGUUCCCACUCCCAAAACUAAAUUUAAUUAACUCGUAACUGUAUUUAAAACACAAUGAUCAAAUUGAAAUCGUUGUUCCGCAGAGGGCAAGGACCCUCGGGCUCCUCGAAGCAUUCCUCCUCCAACAGCCGUCACAAAUCGCAGUCCACCACAUCGCUGAAUACGGUCGGCAGCAGCAGUCAGGAGCCCGCCGCACCGACGGCCGUCGCAGCCGCCAACACAGCCACAUUUUAUCCGCCCAUCGAUCCGAUCACAGAACGCGGCGUCGACGUAGGCGACGGUGAUUUGAAUAUCGUUACACCACUAGCAGCGCGCACGCGCAGUCGCACACCGGAGUCGCUGCGCCACGCCAACAAUAAUAGCAACGCAGCGCAGCUGAGCGGCGCCAACAGCGCCAAUACUUUGCCACACAAGAAGCCAAAGGUCGCCGGCACCGGCAAGAAGGGUCAGAAGCAGCCAAAACAAUUGCCAACGACAGCGACAGCGCAGCCACAAGUGCCGCCAGCACGCGCUGAAGUCGUGGUCGCUGCCGCACCAGUUGGCAAUGUAAUGACGACAAUAGCCGCUGCGCCGGGAAGUCACAAUUCCGCGGUUAAUACAGCUGCAGCAGCCGCCGCCGCCGCAGCAACCAAUAACAAUUAUACCACCGGCGGCGAAUUGAUUAGCGCGUCCAUUGGGCAAGUGGCGCUGCCGACGCCAGCCGAAGCGGGCAUAGAUUUGUACAAGUUGAAUGCGGCCAAUUAUCAGCAAUUCAUUAACAACGAGCAACUAUUGCAACAGCAACAACAACAUCAGCAACAAUUGUUAGAGGCUAACAACAAAAUGCAGGAUCUGCAGGCGCAGCUGGAGCGUCUGGGUCACGAAAAAUCAUUGCUGGAAGCGCGCAUUGCCGAACUGCUGCCGUAUCAGGCCGAAGUGGGUAAAUUGAAGGCGGAGCUGCUCAAGAUGCAGAGCCAGCACGAGAAAAGUCAAUUGGAGGUGACAAAUCUCAAGUACGAGAAUGAAUCGUUGCGCAAUCGUUUGCGUGAUGUUGUCAACUCGCCAUUAUCAGACGCGGAGAAACACCAAAUCAUACAAGACUCGCAGCGAUUGCAUAGUUCGGCGCCGGCUUCAAUUGCGCUGCCAAGUACUACCGACAAUGACGUGGGCACACCCUGUCUCACGCCCGAUUGGGACAAGCACUCCUCAUCAAGUGAAAUUUCCGUCGCCUGCCUGCAAGAUAAGAUCAUACAAAUGGAGGAGACGCACUAUUCGACCAAUGAAGAACUGCAGGCCACACUUCAAGAGCUAGCCGAUUUGCAGGCCCAGUUGAGUGAUGCACAGGCGGAGAACGAACGUUUAGCCGAAGAGAAGGAUGUGCUCUUUCAGACACUGUGUCGCCAAACUGAGAAACUGAAUGAUUCGCGCACACAAAUCAACACGCUACGCACCGAAAUCAGCUCCUCUGAACGCGAACGUAAGCUACUCGAUCUGAUUAAGACAUCGCAGGAAGAACGCGAAGCGAUACUCGUCAAGCAGGAGGAGCUCAAUGCUGAAUUGCAGGAGUUACGUCAACAGCUGGAGGCCGCCUUGGCGGAUUGUACACGUAUGCGCGAACGCAAUGCGCUGCUGGACUCCACCGUCGAUGCGGCGAAUGCCGAACGCAAACAAAUUGAAGCGCAACUAACACAGGCCAAAGAGGAGAUCUCACAGCGCAGCAUCGAGAUAAAUCGCCUGAGCACGCUGCUGGAGAAUGCACGCUCAAAAAUCGAAGAGUUGGAGCAAGAUUUGGCGCGUGGUGAAAAAACCGAUCUUACCGAUUUAUUGGACGCGGCGCGCAAAGAGAAGGAUACGUUGGAGGAGCGCGUGGCCGAGUUGCAGAAUCAGUAUUCGCGCAGUCAGGCAGAAAUUCGACGAAUCAAAGAACAGCUGUCCGGAGUGACUGAGGAGUGCAAGGUCGCAAAGAAUAAUGCCAAGUGUGCCGUCUCACAUCUGGAAUAUCGGCUGGAGCAGUUGCAACAGGAGAAGGACAAGUUGAGCGGCGAGCAUCAGCAGCUAGUCGAUAGCACCAACGAACUGCAGGUGCAAUGCAAAUGUCACUUGGAAGACAAGCAACAGUUACAAAACCUACUCAGCGAGACGCAGAAGCAUUUGGGCGACGUGGAGGGUAAACUGAAUGCGACCGAAAAACAGCUCGAGGAGGAAGUGAAGCUGCGCAAACAGGAGGCAGAGGAAUGGCAACAGUUCCAGUCGGACUUGCUAAUGACGGUGCGGGUGGCCAAUGAUUUUAAGACUGAAGCGUUGAGUGCGCGCGAACAGCUGGUGCUCGACAACAAAACGCAAAAGGAGAAGAUACGACUGCUGGAGCAGCAAAUAGAGAAGCUGACAAAACAACGUAAGCGUCAAGAAAUGCAACAGAAUGAAACGCAGCAAUCGGUGCUGACCACUGUCCAACAAGAAAUGGCUUCGCGGCGCAGUAAAAUCGGCAGCAGUCUGAAUCGGCAAGACUCGCGGCUGUCGGUGAAGACGCUUAUCGAGAGCAUUGAAAACAAUAAGCCCAAAGUCGAAGAAACUGAGUCACAUUACAGUUCCACAUCUAGCUUAAAUAGCGCUACACCGGAGAUAACGGGCAAUCUACUGCCACCGGUCAUUGGCAAUAAUACAACGAAUAACGACUGGACUGAGAAUGUGCGUCUACCAACUACAACAACCAUUAACAGCAUUACAAACAGUAAUACCGUCAACAAUAUACCUGCCAAAGGACCGCUGCGCGAACACCAACAACAACAAACGCCAGCAACAACAACACAAACUAGCUUAGUUUCGAACCUGCAUCACUUUAGUGGCCUCAACAGUGUAUCGAGCAAAUCGCUGCUAAGUGGCGAACGCAAGGAUCCGUUGAAUAUGCUGGCGAAAAACGGCGGCUCAAAACGCAAUGCGCUGCUGAAAUGGUGUCAAAACAAAACAGUCGGCUAUCGCAAUAUUGACAUAACGAAUUUCAGUUCGUCCUGGAAUGACGGUUUAGCGCUCUGUGCAAUACUACAUUCCUAUCUGCCGGAUCGUAUACCCUACGACACGCUCAAUCCGACCAACAAGCGACGCAACUUCUCCCUGGCGUUUGCGGCGGCCGAAUCUGUGGGCAUACAAACGACCUUGAAUAUAAACGACAUGUGUCAGCUCGAGCGGCCCGACUGGACGCAGGUGAUGUCCUACGUAACGGCAAUUUACAAACAUUUCGAAACGUAGACGUGAGCGCCAUGACAAACACGCACAUGCGCACUUGCACUAUGUUGUGAGCUAAGUUGGACAGCAACAAAUGCUUAUAUUUGCGCUUUCCUGCUGUGUGUUGUUAGGGCGGUAUGCGCGGAUGGCAAUGUAGUGAGCGUGAAUGAAAAUGGGAAAAACUAAGACUUAACGCAGUAUGCUGUAUACUUGAUA